GUGUAUGUUUCUACGAGCGAGACCAAGCCCACGCCUAAGCCUGUGCCUCAGUUUCCGUUUCCUGGUGUGAUGGCUGCGCUUCCCGCCCGCUUCCACUUCCCACUCUCGUCUCGCUGGUAAUAAUAAUAAUAAUAGUAGUAGGUAGGUAGGUAGGUAGUAGCUAACACCACACUCCGGCUUUCUCGUCUCCUCAUCAUGACAAUGAAACUCUCUCUCAGCCCACGCCUGGCUGCCUUCCUAUUAAUUCUCCCCUCCACCCAUCCUCCCUGACUUUUUCUUCCCUUCACCACCACCACCACCACCAUCACCACCAUCACCACCAUCACCACCAUCACCACGACCACGACUAUCACGGCUGUAUACCGCCUAUCACCACCCAAACGCGAAAACAUCACCAUCACGCCUACGCGCUAAUAUCCCCAAGAUAGGCUGACCACCCAAUUUAUCGAGUCGCCUCAACCCACCCACCCCUCCCGUCGUCUCUACAAGGCAGCCCUAUCCCACCUCUACGUCAAGCCUCCCUUGGCCGGACAGGAAAUUAAAUGGGAAUUACGCCGCCCGGCAAACCUUCUUUUUCUUGUUUCUUUUUUUUUCAUUGGGAUUAAUUCGAACGCAAAUCCCCUUCAUUCACCGUUGCGAAGAAUUUUUGCCAUCCCAAGAAAGUGGCUGGAGCCAUCUUCGUCAAACCACUAUAGGAAGGGAGAAAAAAUUAUUGUUGCAAUUAUUCUACCACCACCAAGCCAGCUUAAUAGACAUGCCGUCACCCACCAGGGCUCCCUCCUCCUCCUCCACCCCAUCCACCUCCUCCUUCUCCGGCGGUAGAUCGUCUUCCAAACCCUCCUCCGCAAAAAUGACAAACCCACUCGUCCUCAAGCUCUCCUCCUCACUCCUCUCGCGCUUCCCCGGCACCACCACCACCUCAACGCCAGAGGAGCCUCCCAUAGAAGACAACAAGACCAAACCCAAAGCUUCCUCUUCGCCUUCAUCGCCAUCCUCCUCUCCGUCCUCAACCCCCGCCUCCGCAGCGGCAGAAGCUACCCCCACCGUGGCUGCACCCGCCUCCUCUGCUGAUAAUGUUUCAGACGCAGCUUCCACACCCGCCGCGGCUCUGCCAGAGGCCCAGAGACGGAGAGGGGUCCCAGGUCCGAAACCUGGGAGCAAACGGGGUCUAGGACAGGGUGUUGACGCCAAUAUCACACCGAGACCAAGAGGGAAGCCUGGGCCGAAGAAGAAGCCGAGAUUAGAGGACGGUUCCAUCGACCCCAGCUCUCGCCCUACCCCCGGCGGAGGCACCUCCGGCACAGGUACCGGCCAUGUGCCGACACCAACACACAAACUAGGCCCCAAAGCGAACCAAGGCGCUAUCAACGCGGGCCUGCGCGCCCUCGACCGCACAGGCAAGCCAUGCCGCAAAUGGGAGCGGAAAACGUUUAACCUCAAGAGUUUUACGGGGGUUGUUUGGCAGGUCCCGACGUGGGCGGCACCGCCCAGGCCUGAUGCUACUGCUGUUGUUGUUAAUGGUGAUUGUGGUAGUAGCAUGGAGGAUGUACAACCGACGGGACCGCGGAAGGAAGGGACGGAGGGACAGCAACAAGAGCAGGGCACCAGUGGUGGUGGGAAGGAUGCGGAUGGUGCCACGUUUAAUAUGGCCAAUGGCACUGGUGCUGCUGCUCCCGCUUCCUCUUCUGCAACUGCUCCUGCUGGCAGCAGCGGCGCGCCCGCCAUCGACGAUGCUGAUAGCAACGCGAAUCAGAGUACGGCUAGCGCCUUUGCGGGUGAAGAGAAGCAGAGUUUCAAGGAUCGGGAUGGAGAUGGGGAUGUGACCCCGUUACUGCCGCUAGCGACGACGACCACAUCGAGGGCAGAUAUGAAUGCCGAUUCUAAUGCUAAUAAUUCUAAUGAGAGUGGUGAUGCUGCCGGUUCAGCUACGGCUGUUUCUGUCGCCGUUGUCUAGUGGUGGGUUGGGUGGUUGAAAAGUUGAAAAAGAAACUUCACCGUGCCUCUGUUUUCUGUCCGUCCUUGGUCCGGUCGAUCUACCUGUCGAGCAUAGAAUUCUCUCUUUUUUUAAUUUUCCUUUGGAUGUCGGUGUCCCGUCUCGAUUCUGCCGGCAAAAGGGGGGAUUGUUUUUUCUUCCUCCUUUUCUGGUAUGACUACCCCUUCUCAUCCUCAUCACCUUGGGUUUAUUCUUUACUUUCAUCCUCAUCUGCUGAUUCCAAUGUACCACUUCCUUUCUCUGUAUCAUAUUUUUGCCCUAUUAUAUGAGGGGUUUUUUUCUCUCUCUCUGCACUUUCGUACGGUUAUAAAGGGUGUGUUUUUCUUCUACUUUUUGUUUCAACUUUAUAUUUGAUAACCAUCCUUUCUACUACCGUCUCUGCUAAUCGGUAUUUGUCAUUUGGUUCUUUUCUAAUUUACCUGUUUUCCUAAUAAAUGUCCCUGCCUACCUACCUACCUUGUACAGCCUUCUUCCGUCCCUCCACCACUCUUCUUUCUUCUUCCUUCUUUUAUUUUUCUACUUUUCUUCUUCCUCUCGUCCGACUGACUGCCAGCUACACAUACAUACAUACACAUACAUCUCAGAAAGGGGAAAAGGCAAAAAAGCAAAAAAGCAAAAAAGUAUUUUGAAAGAGCGGGUUGGGCAUGCAUCUUCAUUUUUAUAUUUCAAUAUUCGUUUCACUUCGUUUUGGUUUGUCUUUUCGGGUCUCUAUCUAGCACGGGAUCGUUUCUUUUCUUUUUGCUCUUGGCAGACCGGACUCAGCAAAGCGAGGGAUGGAUUGGAGAAUUAAUAUGGUUGUAUUUUAUGAUAUUUUCUUGUCGUUUGGCUUUUUUUUCUUUUUUUUAAUGGUGUCUGAGGGCAGGAUGGGGAAUGGACGGAUGGGAGAUACAAUAUAGAAGAGGAAAAAAAGAAAGACGCAUAUGCUUGGUUUUUCCGUUCUGAAUAUUUUUCUUCUAUAUUUCUCUAGUUUUCCCUUUUGCUUAUGUAUAUAGAUAGAUGGACUUUUUUUUUCCCUUCCAGCAGGUACAGACCGGUUUGGUGGAUUCUGGGGUUUGGAUUCUGUACACACAUACACACUGGAUAGGUACUCGGGCGACUCUGGAGGAUGGACGUGGACGUGCCUAUACUCUAAAUAGUUCGAUAAUCCGCAAGGGAAUAAAUAGAACACGCCUCUUGCAAUCCCUCCCUGUCGUAACAUGGAAUACGAGGAGGAGAAAGUCGGAGGAGGAGGUAGCUAGUCAUGUAGCAUUUGCUAGCCCCGACCCCGACCCCAGGCUUCGCUGAGGAAUCGGCAAUACUGCACCGAACUAGAUUAUUUGAAAUGUGAGAGACGAGCAGGUAGUUUCCCCGUCCCCGUGCCAGUCAGCGCGAAGAAUGAUCGUAUCGGUUCAAUGUAGGUUGGAGAAUGUGGUAGUAGUAAGUAGUGGUGGUGGUGGUUGGUUGGUGGUUGCGGUGGUAGUUGCUGGCCUGGCUGGCUCUAAAUACAUAAUAA